ACCGAGGAACGUUAGAACGACGCGACCCGCAGAAGACGUCGGUGUCGCAACGCUGACGCUCUUGACGGGCCUCCUCUUUGCCAUCCUUGUCUUCGGAACAACAAGUAGCGACUCGCAGCUGAGAUUUUGGCAACAUUACCGAAGCAGAGCGCAAACAGUUAAAGCAUAGCGAGCGAACGAGGGAGUUAUCGUGGCCAGAGCGCUCUCUUGUACGAAAUUCUCAGUCUUUUUGGAAAGUUUUAUGGGAUUGGAGGCUUGUGUCAUAAAAAUAUAAUUCAGAUGAUAUAAUUAUUUACGCAUGAAAGUGAAGAGCUACGGCCGUAAAGGAUAUAUUGUGUAUAAAUAAUAAAGAAGCAAGAUAGUAGCAGAUUUUCGAAAUAGUGCACUGAAGUCAUAAGAAAGAAGAAAACUGGUCGAACUGGUGCACCUCUUUUAGUGAACGUGCUUAAUUUGUAAAACAAAGAUUGACAUACUAAUAAAAUGGCAUCCAAUCGCAGAAUGUUAAAGGAUUGUCUCUCAUGCAGGCAGGUGCUCAACAUCAUGGUGAUCCUCGGCUUCAUGUUGAACUAUAUGCUACGCGUGAAUUUGACGAUAGCGAUCGUCUCGAUGGUGAUGUCCAACAAUAGUAACGGGCAACAUUCGCAUUCCAACGAAUCGUUGUUGAUACCGGAUGAGUGCGCUGCCCGGACGGCGAUGAUGAACGACCUUACCCCGAUUGACAACACCAGAACCCCAGCGAUCCACGUUGAUGUUAAUAGAGUCAACGAGACGAACAACGCUACUACGCUACUAUCAUCAUUCCCACAGCGGCACCCGGAGGAACGAGCUCAGACGAAAUAUCCGUGGAACGAGUACGAGAUGAAUAUGAUUCUCGGCAGUUUCUUCUGGGGCUACAUAUGUACAGAGAUACCGGGUGGUCGACUCGCAGAAAUAAUUGGCACGAGAAAAGUCUUCGGCUACAGUAUGCUAGUAUCGAGUUUCAUUACUCUGCUGACGCCGUUAGCAGCUACAUUCGGCUACGCAGUCGUCGCCGCGUUGAGAAUUGUACUGGGAUUUAUGCUGGGUGCCACCUGGCCUGCCAUUCAGCCAAUGACUGCUCGAUGGAUUCCACCAACGGAACGUAGCAAGUUCGUCUCUAACAUGAUGGCCUCGGCACUCGGCGCCGCGAUAACUAUGCCGAUGUGCGGUUUCCUCAUCGAUUCACUCGGCUGGGAGUCAGUCUUCUAUGUGACCGGCGUGAUCGGGAUUAUAUGGAGCGUAGCGUGGUUCUUGCUGGUAUUCGAUUCACCGUCGCAGCAUCCGCGAAUCAGCAUGGAGGAGCGACGUUAUAUCGAGAAUUCAAUCGGGACGACCACCACCAACAAGCAUCUGCCAGUGCCAUGGCGCUCAAUUGUCACUUCGGGACCUGUUUGGGCUAUUGUGAUAACGCACGCAUGCAGCGUUUUCGGAUACUUCACCAUCGUAAAUCAACUCCCGACUUAUAUAAAAUAUAUCUUACAUUUCAAUAUUAAGGAGAACGGCCUCUUAUCUUCAUUACCCUACCUUGGCAAAUACAUUUUCGCGUUAUCAAUGUCCGCUCUGGCCGAUUACCUGCUUCGUAUCAACAAACUAUCCGUAACUGCAAUACGCAAAAUUUUCACGACAUUCGCCACUCUAAUUCCUAGCAUCCUCAUGGUGAUUCAAGUAUAUCACGGUUGCAAUCGCGCGGCAUCAGUUGCCAUAUUCACCGUCGGUUUGACAAUAAACGGUGCUGUAACGGCUGGUUAUCUGGGAAAUGGUCUCGACAUCGCGCCCAAUUUUUCCGGGACCAUAUUCGGCAUCGCCAACACCUUUAGCUCGAUGGGCGGUUUUAUUAGCAGCUUCCUGGUAGGCACCGUCACGUACAAAAAUCAGACCUACGCACAAUGGACAAUUAUCUUUUGGACCUUGGCGGUCACUUAUUUUAUCGGUGGUAUGACAUUCGCCAUCUUCGGCACCGGCGAAUUGCAAAAAUGGAACAGUCCGUCCAAAAGCGAGACGAAGAGGAAUAGCGUGGAGGAUGGUGAAUCUGUCCGUCUCAAGUAAAAUAGUUACUCGUCAAGAGUAAAGUAAUCUCGUAACGUCUUAAACGAUAAUGUUUCUUGUCAGACUGCUAAGACGUUACGGAGAUGGAAGUGUCGAUUUAUCGCAAUGCGAUAUAUUCCAAAUAGGACAGUAUUCGUUUUUAUUAGCUUGCAAUUUUAAAUUGAUCGAUUGACUCUGCAGCUUGGCAGUAGCUUAUAAAACAUUGUUUUUCAUUGUUUAUUUACUUUUCGCUUAAAGUUCAAAUACAAUGUCUUUUAAGUUGCAGGAAAAAUCAAUAUAAUUAUUA